CCCAAACCCCUCACCAACCACCGGCAGAAGAGAGAGCCGCCCUUCGCUCCCCCCAGAGGCCAGAGACGGACACGAUGGCGGCGCCCACCUCCUCCGCGGCAUCCACCCUCGCCCCCUUCUCCCACCCCAAAACCCUAGCCGCCGCCACCGCCGCCGGAGGCUCAUCCUCUGUCGCCUUCUCUCCGGCCGCCUCCCACCCUGCAUGCGCCCUAUCAGUCUCGGGCGCCCGCCGCCGCGCGGUCGCCGCCAUGGUCGCGGCCCCGGCCAAGGUCGGCGCCGCCAUGCCGUCGCUCGACUUCGACACCGACGUCUUCAACAAGGAGAAGGUCUCCCUCGCCGGCCACGAGGAGUACAUCGUGAGGGGCGGGCGCAACCUCUUCCCGCUGCUCCCGGAGGCCUUCAAGGGCGUCAAGCAGAUCGGGGUCAUCGGAUGGGGCUCCCAGGGUCCGGCGCAGGCCCAGAACCUGAGGGAUUCCUUGGUGGAAGCCAGGUCUGACAUCGUCGUCAAGAUUGGCCUCAGGAAAGGUUCCAAGUCUUUUGAGGAAGCACGUGGUGCUGGAUUCACCGAGGAGAACGGAACCUUGGGAGACAUAUGGGAGACGGUCUCUGGCAGUGAUCUUGUGCUGCUGUUGAUCUCAGAUUCUGCCCAGGCAGACAACUAUGAGAAGAUCUUCUCUCACAUGAAACCAAACAGCAUUCUUGGUUUAUCUCACGGGUUUCUCCUUGGACAUCUGCAAUCACAUGGCCUUGAUUUCCCUAAGAACAUCAGCGUGGUUGCUGUAUGCCCCAAGGGAAUGGGUCCAUCAGUUCGGAGACUGUAUGUUCAGGGCAAGGAAGUAAAUGGUGCUGGCAUCAACGCUAGCUUUGCUGUUCACCAGGAUGUUGAUGGAAGGGCCACUGAUGUUGCUCUUGGGUGGUCGGUUGCACUAGGAUCCCCGUUCACCUUUGCUACCACUCUAGAACAGGAGUACAAGAGUGAUAUCUUUGGGGAGCGAGGAAUUUUGCUGGGUGCUGUUCAUGGCAUCGUGGAGGCUCUGUUUAGGAGAUACACAGAGCAAGGAAUGGACGAGGAGCUGGCAUACAAAAGCACUGUGGAGGGCAUCACUGGAAUUAUCUCCAAGACCAUCUCAAAGAAGGGGAUGCUUGAAGUAUACAACUCCUUGAGCGAGGAAGGCAAAAAGGAGUUCAACAAGGCAUACAGUGCAUCAUUUUACCCUUGCAUGGACAUACUCUACGAAUGCUACGAAGAUGUUGCCUCUGGAAGUGAAAUCCGGAGUGUUGUGUUGGCUGGUCGGAGGUUCUAUGACAAGGAAGGCCUUCCUGCUUUCCCUAUGGGCAAAAUCGACCAAACUCGGAUGUGGAAGGUCGGCGAAAAGGUGCGCUCGACCCGGCCAGAUGGUGACCUUGGCCCUCUCCACCCCUUCACGGCUGGAGUUUAUGUUGCACUUAUGAUGGCCCAGAUUGAGGUGCUGAGGAAGAAGGGGCACUCCUACUCUGAGAUCAUCAAUGAGAGCGUGAUCGAGUCGGUGGACUCGCUGAACCCGUUCAUGCAUGCGCGAGGGGUGGCCUUCAUGGUGGACAACUGCUCGACGACGGCACGGCUGGGGUCGAGGAAGUGGGCGCCCCGUUUCGACUACAUCCUGACCCAGCAGGCGUUUGUGACGGUGGACAAGGACGAGCCCAUCAACCAGGACCUCAUCAGCAACUUCAUGUCAGACCCUGUCCAUGGCGCCAUUGAGGUCUGCGCCGAGCUGAGGCCCACCGUCGACAUCUCGGUGACGGCCGACGCGGACUUUGUGCGCCCAGAGCUCCGGCAGUCUGCCUAGGUUUGGGGCUGAAGAGUUGUUUUUUGAUGGGUGGACAAUUCAUGGACUGUAAUGUAUGCGUGCGACUAGCUGUUUGAAGUUGUGAACUGCUGUCAGGUAGAGAGAGACCCCUGUUGGUGGUGGACUGAGUGAGUCGUCUUCGUUUCCAGAAUAAUAAAAGUUGGUUCGUCGGGAUA